AUAGAUCGUCCUGCAAGAAGGAGGGGACGUGGCCCUGCCAGUAAUGUUAAUAUUGAAAAACGAAGGCGGGAUGCUGGCAAACCACUUGAAUUGCAACUUGAUCCGGCGACAGACAAAGUGGUUGGUACUGAGCACCAAGCUUUUGUUCGUCAAUUGAGUACUGAAGUUACAUUACUAUUGCCGGGACAUUAUUUAGAUUUUAAAGAUGUUCCUCAGCAAUAUAAAGACCAGGUCGUUCAAAAGAUGAAGUAUUACUAUAAUAUCGAUGGGCAUCCAGAACCUGAAAGAGUUAUGGGAACUCUGUAUACGGAGAUGCGCAAAAGAUAUUCAGAGAGAAAGAAUAUUAGGCAUUCUCAUUUCCAAAAAUAUUAUUCUGGAAAUCCGAAUGAUUUGGAUAGUGCUCUCAAUGCUAUUCCUGACUUGUGCUCGAAGGAGAGCUGGAAAGAAAUCGUCGAUUUGUUUCUGAGCCCAAAGUUUGUAGCGCGAUCCACGCAGAACAAGAAAAAUAGAAAGGAAAUGAAGUAUUUGUCGACGCAAGGCUCUAAAUCAAUGGCAGCGAUCCGUAACGAAUAUGUAAGUAAAAUACUUAACUUUAUUUGAUAUUAUUAUAUUAUUAAUUAAACUAACACUAUUAUUUUGUAGGAUGAAC